GAGUUUAGUGGCACCACAGACAUUAAUAAUGAGGUGGGCGGUGCCUCCGUUCAUUCCGCCCCUUUGUUCCCAGCAGCUGGGGGAUGGCGGUCAAUGUCUAUUCCACGUCUGUGACCAGUGAGAACCUCAGCCGCCAUGACAUGCUGGCCUGGGUCAACGACUCCCUGCAGCUCAACUACACCAAGAUAGAGCAGCUCUGCACCGGGGCCGCCUACUGCCAGUUCAUGGACAUGCUCUUCCCCGGCUGCAUCCUUCUCAAGAAAGUCAAGUUCCAGGCCAAACUGGAGCACGAAUCCAUCCACAACUUCAAAGUCUUACAGGCGGCAUUCAAGAAAAUGGGCGUCGACAAAAUAAUCCCAGUCGAGAGAUUAAUAAAGGGAAAGUUCCAGGACAACUUUGAGUUUGUCCAGUGGUUCAAGAAGUUCUUUGAUGCCAACUAUGAUGGGAAGGAGUACGACCCCCUGCUGGCGAGACAGGGGCAGGACGUGGCGCCUCCACCCAACCCUGGGGAUCAAGGCUUCAACAAGCCCAAGAAACCCAUUGGCACAGCAGUCCCACAAAGAACAUCCCCUACGGGUCCCAAGACCAUGCAGGCCCCGGUGCGAUUGCAAAACACCGCCCCACCUCUGAGGAAAAACCCCCCCAUCACCAGGAACGGGGGGCACGACAUGGACUCACAGGUGGUGGAGCUUAACCAGCAGCUGGUGGAGCUGAAGCUGACGGUGGAUGGGCUGGAGAAAGAGCGCGACUUCUACUUCAGCAAACUGCGAGACAUCGAACUGAUCUGUCAGGAGCACGAGAGCGAGAACGUGGGGGUCCUCUCCAAGAUCAUAGACAUCCUGUAUGCCACAGAGGAAGGGUUCGCUCCACCGGACGAUGAUGAGAAUGAUGACCCUCAGCCUGAGGACCAAGAUGAAUACUAACGAGGCUUUUAUCCUCCCUUUUUUCAUCCUAUCCCCCCCCGCCCCCUAUAAAAAUCCUCCCCCCUGUCAUUACCCAUCAGUCGGACACAUUGGGUCUGGGAUCCCUUCCUGCACCGCCAUUCGUCACCUGAUGCAGUGCGGGCGUCUCGCCAAGUCUGACAUUUUCGGCCAAUAGGAACUCUGGAUGGGGAGGUGUUGGCGUUUCUUUGGAGUUGGGUUUUUAUGCUUGCUAAACAUGGCGCUUCAUCCUUUUAAUGGGGGGGGGUAAUCUUUUUCCCGUGGGAGUUUUAUAUCCUUGGUCGUUUUUCUUCCUGUUGGAGUCAGGGGGUAAUUAUCUGUGCGUCUCUGUCUUCCUUUUCUAUACGAGGCCUUUCAGCCCUUCUCCUCCAACCUCCAGUCCAAGGUGGCGUAUUUACCCCGGGUACUAAUCUGUACAGACACAGGACAGCAUCUAGGUAUAUCUCAGUAGGUUCACCCUAUGUGGCAUCUAGCAUACAUUCUCGAUCACCAAGAUCUAGAACCACUUUGCCAAGAUGCUAUCAUGGAACAAUCAUAUUGACUCUACUACAUGCUCCUCUAGCUCCAAGAUGCUAUCAGGAACCCUCACAUUUUGUUCCCCUAUAUGCUCCUCUAGCUCCAAGAUGCUAUAAUAGAACCCUCACAUUUUUUUGCCCCUAUAUGCUCCUCUAGCUCCAAGAUGCUAUAAUAGAACCCUCACAUUUUUUUGCCCCUACAUGCUCCUCUAGCUCCAAAAUGCUAUCUUGGAACCAUCACAUUUUGUUCCCCUAUAUGCUCCUCUAGCUCCAAGAUGCUAUAAUAGAACCCUCACAUUUUUUUGCCCCUAUAUGCUCCUCUAGCUCCAAGAUGCUAUAAUAGAACCCUCACAUUUUUUUGCCCCUACAAGCUCCUCUAGCUCCAAAAUGCUAUCAUGGAACCCUCACAUUUUGUUCCCCUAUAUGCUCCUCUAGCUCCAAGAUGCUAUAAUAGAACCCUCACAUUUUUUUGCCCCUAUAUGCUCCUCUAGCUCCAAGAUGCUAUAAUAGAACCCUCACAUUUUUUUGCCCCUACAUGCUCCUCUAGCUCCAAGAUGCUAUAAUAGAACCCUCACAUUUUUUUGCCCCUACAUGCUCCUCUAGCUCCAAGAUGCUAUAAUAGAACCCUCACAUUUUUUGCCCCUACAUGCUCCUCUAGCUCCAAGAUGCUAUAAUAGAACCCUCACAUUUUUUGCCCCUACAUGCUCCUCUAGCUCCAAGAUGCUAACAUUGUUUGCUAAACAUGGUACCCCAAGAGUUCCCAGAGCUCUUAUACAUUGAUUAUGUUGCACCUAGAACAGAUUCCAGCCUGGAAACCUACCAGAAUAUACUCAGAUGUUCCAGGAUGCUGGCCUACAGCUUUCUGUAUAUCACACUAAGAACUUGUUCUAGAAUACACUCAAACUUAGAACUUGUUCUAGAUAGGGAAACGCCAUCAGUCUCCUUAUAAUAAUCAUGUGGUUCUCCAGCACUGGGCUGCAGUGACAGUUCCAAACUCUACAGGACUCCAGGCCGUAAAAUGAGAGGGUUCCUCAAGGGUUCCUUAAGGGUUCCUUAUCACAUUGAGGGCCAAAGGGAGAUCAAGUAGAACCUCCAACCCGGACAUGGUGGGCUUGUUCUCUCUAGGCCUGCUGGGUAAAUACGCCAUCUCUCCCCUCUCGUCUCGCCCUGAUGUCUCCUUCCGCCAUGACCGCUUGUAUAAUAUGUAAGAGCCCCCCUGCUGUGACCCAGCCUCAGUACUGUGGGGGCCCACCCGCAGCAGGAGGGCUGACUAGUUAGAGUGGAUAAAUGUAUAUUUUUGAAUGGGUUUUACAUGCACUUUCUGUCCCCAGGAUUGUUACCCCCCCCCAAACAAUGGAACCACAGUGGAGCUUGGGCCAUAAACUCAGCCUGGGUCAAGUCCGGACCCCUUGUGCGCACGUCGGGGGGCUUCUCCCACCCAUUUACUUUAAUAGUAAUAAUAGUAAGUACAGUACAAAGUGCCCCAGGCUUAUUUUUUAUUUCCUAUUUUAAACAUUUUUAUCCACUGAAUUCCAAGUUUUAAUAUUAUUUCACCCAAUUGGGGCAAUGCCUUUGAUUGGCUGCCAGUAGUGACUAGCGUGGCUUCUGAUUGGAGCACAAGUUCGUACAGGUGUGGUUUUGAGUGCCUAUUGGCUGAGUGAAUGCCCUCUGCCCACAAAAGCAAUGUGGCUCCUCUGUGGGGGGGGGGGGGGGGGAUACUGGGAAAUUGUCGUCUUUCUGUUUAAUUUAUUGAUUGCUCGUUAAUGUGGCCUUGCUGGCAUAGGGGGCGCACUACUUUGUUAAUUUGCUAAUGAAUUCUCAACAAUACAAAAUGGGUCCCAGUAGCUGCAGAAAGAUCCGCUCCGAGGGGCGUGGCACGUGGGGCACCAAGGUCGAUUGGCACAAGCAGCAGCCAAUAGAGCGCAAGGGACCGCCCACAGGCGCAAAGGCGCUAAUAUGCCACAAAUGUUCAUUUCUCAUAUUCUCAAUUGUUUUUAUUCUUUUAGUUCAUUGUAUGAUGUAAAGUCUCAUAAGCUGAGCUCAAUAAGCUGUGAAUGGAGAGCACGAAGCAGCACUGGGGGGGGGUCUCCCCUUAAUUACUGGAACUCGACAACUGUCAUUUCCUGUCAAUAACACAACCAUCGAAAUAAAAAGGUGUUGCAUUUGUGCCUGAAA